AUGGAAGACGACGAUGUACCAACUCUUUCGGCUGAGACUUUCGCCGCUUUACAAGAAUUCUAUGCUGAACAAGAAAAGCGAAAUGAAAUCUUAAAUAAACUAGAAGCUGACAAAAAGCUGAACGAAAACAUAAUAUUUGAAGAAAAUUGGCAACUUAGCCAAUUUUGGUACAAUGAAGCAACAAUUCAGUCUCUUGUUAAAGUUAUUGAUAAGUCGGUACCGGAUGGUGGGAAGGUUGCAUUAAUAUCAUGUCCUACACUUUUUGUGCCAGCUAAACGACAUGUACAAAGUAGAAUAUCAAUAUCCCUACUUGAAUAUGAUAGAAGAUUUGAAGUUCAUGCACCUGACUAUAUCUUUUAUGAUUACAACUCACCUGAUAAGCUGCUACCGGGACUAGAACACUCUUAUGACUUGGUUAUAGCUGAUCCACCAUUCCUUUCAAAAGAAUGCUUAGAAAAGACAUCUCAAACUAUUAAACUAUUGGCAAAAGAGAAAAUUGUGCUAUGUACUGGUACAAUAAUGAAAGAAGAGGUACAAAAAUUGCUAGAACUAAAACAAUGUGAGUUUCAGCCACAGCAUCGGAAUAAUUUGGCAAAUGAAUUCUCUUGCUUUGCUAAUUUUGAUUUAGACGCUAUUCUGAGGUGA